AUGCCCAAGAUCAUCCUGAAUGGUGUGACAGUGGACUUCCCAUUCCAGCCAUACCAAUGCCAGCAGGAAUACAUGACCAAAGUCCUGGAGUGUCUGCAGAAGAGAGUGAAUGGCAUUCUGGAGAGCCCCACAGGCACAGGGAAGACACUCUGCCUCCUGUGCUCCACAUUGGCCUGGCGCGAGCACCUCCGGGACUCCAUCUCUGCUCGCAAGAUCACUGAGCGUCUGCAAGGGGAGCUGUUCCCCGACCAGGCCUUGUCUUGGGGCAGCACUGCCUCUGCCGAGGACACCCCAGCUUCCUAUGUGGACAUCCCAAAAAUCAUUUAUGCUUCCAGGACCCACUCACAGCUUACACAGGUCAUUGGUGAACUACGGAACACCUCGUACAGACCCCGAGUGUGUGUGCUGGGCUCUCGGGAGCAACUGUGCAUUCACCCCGAGGUGAAGAAGCAGGAGAGCAACCACAUGCAGAUCCACCUGUGUCGUAGGAAGGUGGCAAGCCGCUCCUGCUAUUUCUACAACAACGUAGACGAGAAAAGUCUGGAACAGGAGCUGGUCACCCCCAUCCUGGACAUCGAGGACCUGGUCAAGAGUGGGAGCAAGCACAAGGUUUGCCCGUAUUACCUUUCUCGGAACCUGAAGCAGCAAGCUGACAUCAUCUUCAUGCCCUAUAAUUACUUGCUGGACCCCAAGAGUCGCAGAGCACAUAAUAUUGAUCUGAAGGGCACUGUGGUGAUUUUUGAUGAAGCUCAUAAUGUGGAGAAGAUGUGUGAGGAGUCGGCAUCCUUUGACUUGACCCCUCAUGACUUGGCUUCCGGAUUGGAUGUGAUAGACCAGGUCCUGGAGGAGCAGGCCACGGCUACACAGCAGCGUGACCUCCUGGAGCCUGAUGGGGGCCUCGGUGAGUCAAGGAGGGGGCUGAACGUGGCGCUGGAAGACAUCGCAAAGCUGAAGAUGAUUCUGCUUCACUUGGAAGGAGCCAUCGAUGCCAUCAAGUUGCCCGGAGACAGUGGUGUCACCAAGCCAGGGAGCUACAUCUUCCAGCUGUUUGCAGAAGCCCAGAUCACAUUUCAGACCAAAGGCUGCAUCCUGGACUUACUGGACCAGGUCAUCCAGCACCUGGCAGGCCGUGCCGGCGUGUUCACCAACACAGCAGGACUGCAGAAGCUCGCAGACAUUAUUCAGAUGGUCUUCAGUACUGACUCAUCCGAAUCCAAACCUGGCUCUGCGGAAAACAAGGGAGCCUCGAAGUUCUAUAAGGUGCACAUCCGCCUCGACAGUAGCCAGCGAAGCAGAGCCCAGCGCUCUGAAGCCUGGGGUGCCACAGCGUCCAGGAAGCAAGGGAAAGUGCUGAGUUACUGGUGCUUCAGCCCGGGCCAUAGCAUGCAAGAGCUCAUUUGCCAGGGUGUGCGCUCGCUUAUCCUCACCAGUGGCACACUGGCGCCUGUGUCCUCCUUUGCCCUGGAAAUGCAGAUUCCUUUCCCAGUCUGCCUGGAGAACCCCCACGUCAUCGACAAGCAUCAGAUCUGGGUAGGGAUCAUCCCCAAAGGCCCAGAUGGGGCCCAGCUAAGCUCUGCAUUUGACAGGAGGUUUUCUGAGGAGUGUCUGUCUUCACUGGGGAAGACUCUGGGCAACCUGGCCCGUGUGGUGCCCCAUGGCUUGCUGGUCUUCUUCCCUUCCUACCCCGUCAUGGAAAAGAGCCUGCAGUUCUGGCAGGCCCGAGACUUUGCCCGGAGAAUUGAGGAGCUGAAGCCCAUGUUUGUCGAGCCCAGGAGCAAAUGUGGCUUCGCUGAGGUCAUUGAUGCUUACUACACCAAGGUUGCUUCUCCGGCGUCCAGCGGGGCCACCUUCCUGGCCGUGUGCCGAGGAAAGGCCAGUGAAGGGCUGGACUUUGCAGACAUGAAUGGACGUGGGGUGAUCAUCACAGGCCUCCCAUACCCACCACGCAUGGACCCCCGUGUCAUCCUCAAGAUGCAGUUCCUGGAUGAGAUGAAGAAGAGCCAGAGUGGAGCCAUGGGCCAGUUCCUUUCUGGACAAGAGUGGUACCGGCAGCAGGCAUCCAGGGCUGUGAACCAGGCCAUCGGACGGGUGAUCCGGCAUCGGCAGGACUUCGGAGCUGUCUUCCUUUGUGACCAUAGGUUUGCCCAUGCUGAUGCCAGAGCCCAGCUGCCAUCUUGGGUCCGUCCGUUUGUCCAGGUGUAUGAUAGCUUUGGCCCUGUCAUCCGGGACGUGGCCCAGUUCUUCCGUGUAGCUCAGAGAAUGAUGCCUGUGCCCACUCCCCGAGCUGCUGCCUCAGGUCCAGCCCUGGGAGGCAGUGCCGUGAGGGCAGGUGCCCUGCCUGAAACUACACUCCCCACCCAGAGCGCUAAGAGCCUGGAUGUCCACGUGCCCAGUCUGCAGCGAAGGCGUGAGGGUGGGUCCCAAACUGCCGAUGGGUCACUGGAGAGCAGCGUGUGCCUGGAGUAUGAACAGGAGCUGGUGCUGGCCCAGAGGAGACCCCGGGGGCUGCUGGCUGCCCUGGAGCACAGCGAGCAGGGAGCUGGAGGGCUCGAGGAUAAGGCUGUCCCCGGGGAGGAGGAGGCACACCACUUUUCUGCUCUGCAGCAGCAGCAGGAGAGAAGGCUGACCAAGGAACAGAGAGGGGGCCGGAAGAGGAUCAAACUCAUCAGUGGUCCCUACCCACAGGAGGCCCCUGCACCAGUAUCUGCUGAGCAGGCAGACAAGGCCAAGCUGUUCAUGACAUCUGUGAAGCAGGCCCUGAGCCAGGCCAGCUUUGAUGCCUUCACCACAGCCCUGAGGGACUACAAGACUUCCGACGACCUCGACGGCCUCACUGCCAGCCUUAAACCCCUCUUUGCUGAAGAGCCUGGCAAACAUGGCCUGCUCCGAGGACUCUACCAGUUUGUGCGACCACAUCACAAGCAGCAGUUUGAGGCGGUUUGCCUCCAGCUGACUGGCCAGGGCUGUGGCUACCAGCUGGCACACAGCCUUCCCCGAGGGCCCCACGCUGACUCUGUGCUUCCCUCUGGAAAGCGGGAGCCUGAACCGAAGGUGACAGUUUCCAAGGAUGCCACCAAGCAACUUGACCCCAGGGGGCACCUGAACCAGGGUGGGCCCCAUCUGAACCCCAGGUUUGCCACCACAGGAGAGACAAGUGGCCACCUGGGAAGGGACCAGCAGAGCUGGACCUCCUCGACUGCCUAUCUGACUGAUGUCCGAAGGGCUCUGGGGGCUGAAGGCUGCAGCCAGCUCCUGGAAGCAAUAACCACAUAUAAGAAGGAUGACAACUAUGAGAAGGUGGUGACUGUGGUGGCCGCCCUCACCACUGCCAGGCCUGAAGACUUCCCAUUGCUGCACAGAUUUGGCAUGUUUGUGCGCCCGCACCACCAGAGGCAGUUUAGGCAAACUUGUGUGGACCUAACUGGCCAGUCUGGUCUAGGUACGGCCCAGGAGCCCCUGGAAUCCCCAGAUGCUGGCCUUGCCGAGCUUCCUGGCCCUGAGCUUGCCUGCCAGGCAGGGCCACCUGCCAGGCCAGGUCCCUCACAGUCUGAGAAACCCAGUAAGGUUCAGAGCAAGAUUUCUGCCUUUUGCUCAGGACAGAGAGCAGCCGAGAACACAGACAAGGGGCCCUUCCAGGACUCUGCCUGUGACUUCCUUAGCUGCCAGGCAUGCAGGCACCAGCACCUUCAGGUCAGCCCUGAGCCUCAAGCAUUAACUGACCCUAAUACCCAUCUCUGCGUGGGUGCUCGGUAG